AUGUCGGCCGCCGGUGGUGGAGGUCAGGCCUCGCCUGCUUCGCACAGCGAAACCGUCGAUACCGCUGGAACCACCAAAGAUGGCGCCAAGGCCAAGUCAGCUGCCGACUCGACCAACACCAAGGCCCGCAAGCGGACCAAGACCGGAUGCCUGACGUGCCGGAAGCGCCGCAUCAAGUGCGGCGAGGAGCGCCCCAUCUGCAACAACUGCAUCAAGUCGAAGCGUCACUGCGAAGGCUACAACCAGCGCGUCAUCUUCAAGCCGCCCAUCGGUGACUGGCCCGGCAGCGCCCCCGCGAGCACCCUCCCCUACCACAGCGGCGUCAUCCCCGGCGGCCGCCCCGUCUACCAGCAGCCCUUCCCCGGUCCGCAGGCGGCGGGGAUGCCGUACGGCGCUCUGCAGCCCGGCCAGCAGCAGUAUCCGCUGCCGCAAUACGGCCAGUUCACGGGCGUUGACCCGUUCAGCGGCGGUGCGUUCACGAGUGGGCUGGUUCAAGAUAGCUCAUAUGUCGCCCAGGCGCCCCCAUACAGCCAGCCCAUGGACCCCGCUUAUCAGCAGCGCUCAUAUUCCAUGGGCGCCAUGCAACCUGAAUACUCGCAGCAGCUUCAUCCGCAGCCUUCAUACCCCUCCCAAGCGCAUAGACAAUCCGUGCAAUUACCGUACCACACCACCGCGAACAUGGGACAAGGAAUACCCGCAUAUUCACCGACACCACAAGAUCAACCAUACGGACAGCAGAGUCACGCACCGCAACAGACCCAGUACAGCCAAGGUUUCCAGUACCCUUCAGCGACCACGGCGGCUGAUACGUAUAGGCAGCCACAUCCCCUAACCCAGUCCAGAGAGGUCCUCCAGGCGGCAGAUCGGGAUGUUUUGGUAUGGCAAAAGGUAGCGAGUGGCCUGGCGAACGAGGAAGACCGUCUUGACUUGCUGUCACCCGAGAGCGCCCCCGGCUCGCGUCCGGGCAUGCCUCCGCAGUUUCUCCCCGACGCCGGCCAGACAGGUAUAGGACACCCCCCACCGCCCCCCUCUCACCAGGCCGUCCCGAUCAAAAACGAACUGCGACAGUCUGGCUUUUCCGAGCACCACCCCAGCCCAACCGAAGCCCUCCAAGAAGCCGCGGUAGAAUUUGAAGACGACGAUUACUAUGACGUGCAGUCAGAUGACGAGAUGGAACUGUUGCCGGCACAAGAACAAGCCCUGGCCCAUGGUCAGCAACGCGACUUCGAAGUGAUGAUGCAGAUCCACCGAGACAGCGUGAACGAAUUGAACGUCAGGCACUACAACACCUUCCUCUACUCGGGCAUCUUGGAUCAAUAUCGCGCCGAACAGGUCGCAAAUCCUCUGCGAAACCCACAAACCGCCCGUGUCUUUGCGCACUUCAUCCAUGCCACCGGACCCAGUCUUUCCAUCUUCGAGAGAAGAGUUCGAAAUGCCUCUGCCAUGUUCAGUGAACGCCCGGUCCACCCAAGCCAACAGUCCCUAUGGACAUAUACGCUUCCGAUGAUGGCGCUGAACCACCAGGGCCUGCUGCACUCCAUGCUUGCCUUGUCUUCGCUACAUAUCGCCAAGUUGCAACACGCUUCAGUCACGCCCUCGUUCAAACACUACGCCUACGCUUUGAAACGCGUGCAUCAUGCUGUGGGACACCCCAAGAAGAGACAUCAUGUCACAACGCUGGCGGCGUGUCUCAUGCUGGGCCUGUACGAGGUAAUGACUGCCGAUCACGUAAAGUGGAAUAGCCAUCUGCUGGGCGCGAAACAGCUCUUCGUCGAGAUCGAUUACGCCGGAAUGACAAAAGCAUGGCGCAAGAAAAAGGCGGAGGAGGAUGCGUUUGAGCGGAAUUUUGCCUACGAGAACCCCGGUCUGACCAUGCAGCAACCACGGUACCUGAACAAAGAGCCGAGCAACCUGCCGGACGAACGGGUUGUCAGUAUGCUCACCGGACGCCAGAUCCGCUACGAUGACUUUGGGAAGGUUUUCGAUGACCAGGGCAGGAACGGUGGCAAGGCUCCGGAACCAGAUCUCACGCAUUACGAGACAUACCAGGAUUUGUGGUGGUGGUUCGUGAGGCACGACGGGUUCCAAAGUGUCAUCAGUGGCAACGGGCUUCUUAUGGACUACACCAGAUGGUCAGACUGCCCACCGCGCGCGCCCCUUGGUAAACCCGAUGCACUAUACGGAACGCACGACCACUCCCUGCUCCUACUCGGCCGCAUCGCAGAGUUCGCGUCAAGAGAUCGUGAAAGGAAGAUUCAGGCGGUACAAAUGAAUGGCGGUCAAUGGAGGCCUGGGCUGGGAAUGCCAGGACCUCCGGCGGGGUCCGGUCCUCCACCUGGAACGCAAUUCCCUCAAGGGCAACGGCCGGGAAUGCCACCACAACAAGGAUCACCAGGCGGUGGCGCACCGCCGCAAAUCCCCUUCUACGGAAUGGCGCCCAGCUCGUCAGUGCGGCACAUGCCUUCCGCCUUUAAGCAGGAACAGUCACCAUCGCCCGACCCAUCCGUCAAGCUCGAAGACCAAGCCGGCCUCCAAGCCGCCACACAAAAGGCGCUAGCGGAAUGGCAAUCGAUGCGCGAAGCCCUCUCGCAUUACGCCUCGCACCUGGGGCCAGCCUUCGCUCCACUCUCCGACGAGUUCUCGACGCCCAUCCCCAGCCCGUUCGGACCGGCCCUACAGUACCGUAGCUUCGACAUCGCGGUGCUGUGGGCACAGUACCACAUGCUUGAGAUCAUCCUCGCGCGGUCGCACCCGACGAUGCCUCCAGCAGCAAUGAUGGCGGCGGGCGUGGCGGCGCAGCAGACGGCGCACUGGGCCAAGGACAUUGGCCGCAUCGUCGCGGGCAUCUUCAGCGGCCUGGGCCCGCACGGCGCGCCGCUCAACCCAUCCAUCGGCGCCGCCCUCAUCGAGUGCAUCAUGCCCCUCUUCUUCGCCGGCAUCCAGUACGUCGACGCCGCCCAGCGCGACUGGCUCGUCGUCAACGUCAAGGACAUCGAGGCCCGCACCGGCUGGGCCUCGGCCGGCCUCGUCGCCAACGGCUGCCAGAAGGUGUGGGAGAGGGCUGGCCUUGCCGGCCGCGGCCCCCCGUACGUCUACAGGCGCGAGGAUCCCGACAAGAACCCGGACGAGCGCAUCAGCGGGCGCAAGGAGGAGCGUGCGGCCAGCGAGGGGAGGAGCUUGACACAGGAAGAGGAGGAAGCGGCGAAGAACGAGCUGAGCGAUCGGAGGUAUAUCUGGACCAAUCCCGGUACCAGGGUGCAUUGGGCGAUGGGCAUUUUGAGCGAGGAGCAGGACCUUAUCAGGCCGCCUGGGGUGUGA